ACAUCCGCCUGCCCCCAAGAUGGCGCCGGCAGGACCGGAAGUGACGGCGCACGGCGGCGCCCCGAUCCCGUCAGGCUGAGCGGCGCGGCGCUGCUCGGCUGGUGGCGGAGGGUCUACGGUUCCCGUGGCGACGCCGCUGCCGACGCCGCCCAUGGCGGAGCCGCUGAGGCGCCUGGUGGAGGGCGCUCGCCGUCGCCGCCGCCCGCCGGGGCAGGAGCACCGCGAGGCCGCCGGCCUCGGGCACUGCCGGACGCGCCACAGACUGAAGGCGACCGCGGCCCCGGCCGGCCUGGGGAGCGAGGCCGCGGCGGCGAACAUGACUUCAGCAGAUAAGGAGUUUUCAGAAGACAGCAACUUUUCGCCAAAAGCCAGCACCAGCAAGCUGCCAACAGAUGCAUCUCCUGACUCUAAAUGCCCCAUCUGCUUGGAUAGAUUUGACAAUGUUGCAUAUCUAGAUCGCUGCUUGCAUAGGUUCUGUUUCCGCUGUGUCCAAGAGUGGUCAAAAAACAAAGCAGAAUGCCCCCUCUGUAAGCAACCGUUUUUUUCCAUUUUCCAUACAAUUCGUGCUGAAGAUGACUUUAAGGAGUACAUACUCAGCCCUUCAGAAAAUAGGUCUUUUGCCAGUCCUGAUGGCCGGAGGUUUCGUUACCGUACCACCUUAACAGGGGAACGCCGCGCUGGCCGUUCCCCUUCCCGAAGAACGCUGUCCCCUCCUGAUAAUGGGGUAUUGUUUGAAGGGCUGUCGAGUGAACCAGUGCGUCAGAGAGACGGGGAGAUUCAGCAGAUGAUAAGGAGGCUGGCCUCAAGGAGGCAGGCUAGUGCUGAGGGCAGAUCUCUGCGGCAAAUCCAGGAGGAAGACAUGAUCAGCUUCCGUAGAGCUCUGUACCGUACUGGUGUGCGUAUUCGCAGUAUUCAGGAUGGUGGUCGCUAUCGAGACAUUUCAGCAGAGUUUUUCCGCCUCAACCCUGCUUGCCUUCACAGGUUGGUUCCUUGGCUGAAGCGCGAACUCACAGUCCUGUUUGGUGCCCAUGGAUCUUUGGUUAAUAUCGUACAGCACAUUAUCAUGAGUAAUGUGACUAGGUAUGAUAUGGAAAGUCAGGCCUUUGCUGAUGAUUUAAAGCCAUUUUUGCUGAAUCGGACUGAGCACUUCUUACAUGAGUUCAUCAGCUUUGCCCGUUGUCCUUUCAACUUAGAAGCAUAUGAUCAACAUGCCAAUUAUGACUGCCCUGCGCCAUCAUAUGAUGAAGGAAGCCACUCAGACUCGUCAAUUAUUACAAUAUCUCCAGACACAGCAUGUUCUCAGGGGCCAGGUAACAGUAUGUCUGUGACUAGUCUUGGUCAGGCCCCCUGGGAUGAUGAAACUCCGGGCCCUUCCUAUUCCAUUUCCGAAGAGGUUCGUGCAACCAUAGCUUCUCCUUUGGAGACGUCAGAUAGUUCUGAUGAGGACAGUGCCACAAAGAAUCAAAGAACCAAGCCAGAGAGUGAGUUACAGGCUAAUGAUGACUCAAACGACAGUGACUCUUCCUCAGACAAUUGUGUUAUUGUUGGGUAUGUUAAGCCGUUAGCUGAGAGGACUCCUGAGGUGGUUGAGCUGUCCUCGGACUCCGAGGAGUCCAUCAGGGAAGAGAAAAGAGAAGAUGUGAAGAAACAGCAGCCAAUCCAGUGUGGUGGCUGGAGUGAUAGUGAACCAAGCAGGAGUUUCUCACCACGUUCCCCCCCAUAUAAGGAGGAUGUAGGUAGUUGUAGAAGCUGCUUGUCUCCUGCAGCUGAGAAGACAGAGUCAAAAGUUGAUGGGAAGAACAAAUGUAAGGUAAAAGAUCUGUCUCCACAGGACUUGAGUUGGAGCCCUUCUUCGGAGAGUGACGCAGUAUACUCCCCUUGGAAUCACAAAUUGUCUAGAAAGAGGAAGUCCAGGAGCCCACAAUCGUUUUCACGGAACUCUCGAGGCAGUCGUGGCCAUCGGUCUAAGAGAGAGCAUCAUAGCAAAAGCCAACUUAAAAGGAGACGAUCGAGAAGCAGAGAUAGUAGCAAGCAUAGGAGCAAAAGAAGCAGCAGGAGGUCAAGGGCUCAGGACAGCAAAGUCUCUCUAAAAAGUCAGAGAGGUUCUCUAAGUCAUGAGAGUACUCCGUCGAGAGAAGUAAGCAGAUCACGAUCACGUAGCAAAGGCCAUGGUAGAAGGAGGUCAAGAAGUAGAGACAGUGAUCGUUAUUACACAAGAGACAAUUAUCAAAGUAGAUAUCAGUGGGGUUAUGCUUUCUGUAGUCGAAAGGUGUUCGGAGAUGGCUAUGAAUCCUCCAGCAGAAGGAGGGCUCAGUCUAAUGCUGUCUAUUCAAGGCAAUCUGUGAGUCCAGAAUACAGGAUACGAUCAUUUAUUGAAAGGACGGAUCUGCAUAGCCAGAGGGGACUCCAUGAGAGACACUAUUACUGUUAUGAAAGAUGCAGGUCAAGGAGUCGAUCGAGCAACAGAUCAAGGACCCGAUCAAGCAACAGGUCAAGGACGCCUUCUGGAGGAACUGACAGAAUGAAAAGUGAAAAGCCUGGUGGAAAAAGGAAGUACAAAACUCGUCACUUGGAGAAUGUGUUCACGGAGAACACAAGUCUAGAAAGAGAAAAUGACCCGAAGAAAACUUUCUCUAACCUCAGCGACUGCUACAAAAAUGAAGAUAUCCUUUCAGACAAUCGAGCAAGCAGUGAGAUAAAGCAUAAGAAAAAGAAAAAAAAGAUCAGGAGUCCAAGUGUUGAGAUAGUCUAUGAAGGAAAAGCAACAGACACAACAAGGCAUCUUAAAAAGAAAAAGAAAAAGCAUAAGAAGAAACACAGGAAACACCAUGUGAGUAACUCAGCACAUUCUUCUCCUGUGGUGAUUACGAUUGAUAGUGAUAGUAGCAAGGAGCCAGAGAGUACUGAAUGUGAUAGCAGUAUUACUUGGACAGGCACAACUCAGAUAAAUGAGAAGGAAAAUGAAUCUCCGUCUUCUUUCCUGGGAAGGACAGGGUGUGAUGAUGUUUACAGAGUUGGAGAGGAAACCGGAGGAACAGCCAAAAAGUACAGCAUUCCUACUGGAAGGGGAGACUUAGACAGUGACGUUAGAAAUGCUGAUGUCAAACUUCGAGAAGCAGCAGCAGAGCAGAGUCUUGCCAUAGCAGAUACUAGCAGUGACACCCCUCACACAGAAACUGCAACUAGCUACGUUCAAGAAGCACCAGCAGCGCCUUCCAGUCAACUGUCUUCCCCCAGGACUUCCUUCCUAGAGUGUCAAGAGAGACAACCAUUGAUACUAAGACUGCCAAAGAGACUUGUCAACAGAUCCUCUUGGUUUGAUUUUCCUGAAGAAGAAAUGUAGCACACUUUCCAUGGAACACUUCCUAAAAUUGUGGGUUUGGUUUAUCUACCUUUUUUCCCCUCGAGAACAAAAACACCUAAUGUGGUUUGUGUAUGUUAAAAGAUGUCUGGGAAAUGUGUCAAAUCUUUGAAUGUGUAUGCACUUUUAAGUCAAAGAAGAUAGAAUAUUGCUAGUAUGUGAGUUUUAAAGUUUCUCAGAAGACUGUUUGCAAGUCCUAAUUUCAUAAAGUCAUCUUGUAUUCUUGUAGUAUGUAAAAUAUAUCCAUAGAGUAUUUCAGAGUUUUGAUUUAAACACACAACAAAAAUGGGGCCCAAACCAAAAGCCAGAAAACACACUUUAUGGGGAUCGCUUUUCUUAAACAGAGAAAAAAAAUGCUUAAUUCUUAAGAAAUUAUUCAGGCUGAAGUCUACUAUGAUUUUUAUCUAUUUGGUUCAAGCUAUAUAUAGAUCUACAAGGUCUGACACAAAAACACCAAGACUGUGCCUGUAACUCUAUUUAACAAAUUAGGAAAAUCAACUGAUCACCUUCAAAAGAGUUCCCUUCUGAGUUGACACACAGCUGCAUAUGAUGCUGCCAAUGUUCAAAGCAGUUCUGCAGAUAAGUUUCUAAAAGGCUGUUGAGGAUCACUCUUGGUUUUGCCUUCACAUCUUCUAAUGACAAAAAAAUGGGUUCCUUUGAUCAACUUGAUCUGUAGGAAGAAGGAGCCAGGUCUGGUGAACAGGGUUGGUGCUCAAGCACGGUGAUGUUGUUACUACCUAAAGACUGCUUUGCAGAUAAAGCGUUGUGAGCUGGUGUGCACCGCUAUUUUUCCAGCUGAAGGUAGGAAAACUAUUUUUGAGCACACAUCCACUUGUAUUGAGUGAAGUGAUCGAGUUGAACCGUGUCUCACUGUGAUGGGUGAGAGCAUGUUCUAUAACCAUCUCUUUGUCUCUUUCAUCCUGCUCCUGGUUCCUGAGCAACAGGGUUAGUCUUGGGGUUUUUUUGUGUUGGACCUUGUGUAUAAAUCAACAGGACUUCCAGUAACAUAAAAAUAAGCUGAAUAAAGCAAUAAGACUUUUUUUCUUUUAAAUUAAUUUAAAUGUGUGGAAUUCAUACUUUGCUGACAGAAUGUUUAUCUUUUGGGUUUGGGUGCCUUACUAGUACAAAGAAGUAGAUGUUCAUGCAAUCGGGAGUACUCUUGGUUGGAAGGGAACUUUGGAAGUGAUCAGGUCCUAGCCUUCCCUGAAAGCAAGAACAACUUUGAUCAGACUGCUUGGGAUUUGUUCAGUUUUGUGUAUUCCCAAAGCUGGAUGGCCUCUCUGUGCUACCUUUUCUAAUGGUUGAGUAUUCCCAUGGGAAACAUGGGUUUGCCAAGUUUAUUUUUUUUUUCGUCCUUUCUGAUGACUACCUCUUCCUCUUCAGCAACACAGGGGUAUGGGGAAAGGGGAUUGUGAUCUGUCUGUAACACACUGUCUUCGCUGCUCCUUCUUUACACUGUUCCUCUGCUCUAAUGUGGUCCAUUCUACAGGGUGCAAUCCCUUCAGAAAAAGACUGCUCUGACUUGGGUCCCCCUCGGGGUCACAGGUCUGUCUAGGAGCCUGCUGUGUGUGUUCUCCAUGGGCUGUACUUUCCAUUAAGGCAUCUCCAUCUGCUCUGAUGUGAGGUCUUCAGAGGCUGCAGUGUGGAUAUCUGCUCUGCUGUGGUGUGCCACAGUGCAGGGUGGCAGCCUGCCUCACCACGGUCUUCAUGGGCUGCAGAGGAGUCUCUUCUUUGUAGUCUGGAUCACUUCCUCCUGUCCCUCCUUCAUCUCUGAUCUGCAGGGUUGUUACUCUCCUGUUUUUCUCAUGGUUGCCCUGCAGUGUUUUUUACCAUUUCGUAGACAUGUUUUCCCAGAGGCACCUCCAGUGUGGCUGAUGGGCUCAGCCAUGUCUUGUGGAUCUGUUUUGGAGCCAGUUGGAACUGUCUGCAUCUGGCACAGAGCAGUCCCUGGCCUUUUCUCACAGAGGCCACCCUGCAGCACCCUCUGCUACCACAACUUUGCCUUGUAAACCCAGGAUACCUUGGCUUGAUAGGUGUGGAGGAACUAUAUAUGGAAGUGGCACUGAUAGUGGUAAUCUGUGCAGUGUCAGAGAUGCUCAGUACCUCAGCUGCAAGAAGGUUCAAGUCUCACUUUCUAGCAUGCUGGGGUUGUCUGCAUUCAGCAAGUUUCUUGGCCUUUGCCAUGGAGUGACAAGAGGACCUGAAAAGGACCCAAGCCUAGGUAGGUAGCCUGCUUGCUUAGGUAUAUUUUCAGUGCUCUCCAAAAAGGGGGUGAACUAAGUUUUUGAAUUAGUAAAUGCUGAUGGAAAGGAAAGGAAAAGCCCCUCUCCUUGGGAUGCUGUUAAGUGCUUAAGUCUAGGGAAUCGUUUGCAUGAGGUGUAGAGUGAACCAGUGUGCGAUUAAGCUAGCCUUCAAUCCUGAUGAAUAAGAUGGCUGGCCAAGAACCCGAAACAUGUGAAGGAGUAUGUGUGCCAAUAUCACUGUUUAUCUUUUGGAAAGCUAUAGCUUUUAGAGAUUACGUAUACAGUACAUUACACACAGAACAAACCUGAACCAAGUGACAAACUGCUGUCCAUGGCACUGAGAUGAAAAUAAAAUAUGUGAAGGUGAAGAGAUGUAGAGCUAUGAAAUAACUUAUUUUAAGAUCAUUUGCAUGGUGAACGUAGUUGGAAUGACCACAGUUUGAGCCUUGGUCACCUAGAAGAACAAGAUCCCAUCUCCUUCGAACCCCAGGGCUUUGUGUCUUGAAAUAAUAGCUAUUUCUGUUCCCUUAGCACAGGCCGAAACCAUAUGUAGAUGUAUGCAUGUAUGUGCCUGCACACUUGCAUGUUAUGUAUGUACAGGGAGAGAGAGGGAGUAGGCAUGAGUGAGUUGUCAGGUGCCUGUUGUGUCCUGGCAGGGCAGUGAAGACCAGAAAAGCAAAGGCAGGCACUGCAUUUCCUACAUGCACGUUACAGUUUUUGGAUGUAUAAGAAACACCUGAAAGAAAGAAAAAAAAGAACCUUAGAUGGGCUGGUGUCUUGUGAGAUUUAUGAACUGCUAAAUUUAGAAAAGGAAAAGUAAUUUUGCUGUUACAGGUGUAUUGAAGGCACUUCAGUGCAUGAGUCAAUAAGAAAAAUGCCAAGUCCCUUCUUCUGUGAGAGCGUGUACAAAUAACAUAAAAUGGGCUCAGUUAAUCUUUUUUACCACUGUAUUCACUCUGGAUAAACAAAAUAUGUAUCAGAUGUUAUGCCCUAGAAAGGUAAUCAGCCUUAUAAAAUAAUUCUCUUCACAGCUCUGCUUUUCUCAUUAUUGUAUGGCAAAUAGUUUUCUGAAAGAAAAACUGUUCAAGCAAAAUGUUAAACAGCAUUCAUUCAUCAUUUUUCUGCACAGAUCAGGCAGCAGCCUGCUUGAUCUCAAAAUAUGUGGUCAUUAUGAAGCUUGUAUUGAACUGCUUCUCUUUUUCUGCCCCUUCUUUUUCUCAGAUGCUGUUCCCUUGUGACAGGUAAUUUCCAGCAAUGUUGCUUGUGUUGGCAUAGGUGAAACCUCUACAGGAAUCACAUGGGUAAUUAAAUACAAAGGACCUUCACAAGCUAGUGACUGGGCUGUGUUCUUGCACUGUACAGGCAAUCUCUACUGUGUUGCCUGUAGCCAUAGUUGUUUUUUUCAUGGGGACCAGCUGUGCUCCAAACUGCUUAACCUGAAUCAGUGUAGAAGAAACCAGUAAUUUCAAGCUGAGGCAUUAAUGGGUGGAAAUUUAUCAAUCCCUUUUUAUUUAUUUUUUGCAAGAACAAAAAAAAAAAUCUCAAACAAUUCACUUUUCAUGGGAAGUUACAGGUUUGAUGCAGAAAUAACUUGUUAAGUCUCUUUGGCUUUUGCUGUGGAGUGGGUCAUAGUAAACAAUUGGAAUAAACUGCCCCUUCCAGCCUAAAGACAGAGAAGAAAAUAAAGCUAUGAGUGUGAAGAGUUCAGCUACAAAGCCUAACCUCACAUUUAUUGACAAGAUCUUUUGUGCUUACAUUUCUGUUUCGGAGUGAGAGAUUAAGAUAACAUUACACACCAGGCAUUGUUGCUAUCUUUAAAAUUUAUGCAAGACGUCCAACACCGACAUGAUUAAAGACCAUCAAUUUAUUAUAUUUUCAUUCCAAAUUUUCUAUUGAUUUUGUAAGCUUUAAUAUUUGCUGUCAGAUUUACAUUUUAUUUUACGAAACUAGGGGGAUUAUCCCUGGGAAUAUUAAUAAUCCUUGUUUUAACAAGCCCAAAUUUAUACUGUUGUCAGAAGUUAAUUGCACUGUUGCUUUCUUUUUUUUCACAGGAUUACUGAUUGCUACAGGGUAGUGGUGGAAAAACAAUACUAGUGUACAAUAUAUAUGAAAAUAGCCUUAUUCAUAUGCUAACAGCUGGCACUACAAUGAAGACUGCCAAAGAACAAAUUGAUAUCACGAAAUACCCAUACCAUGUCAUAUAGGUGAAUCAAAUGAAUAAUGAUACCAUCUUCCAUACAGCACUGAACAGUCGUGUUGAAAUAGCAUGCAGCACAUUAGCUGUGUUGUAACCACUGCUGCCAGUGAGACAGUGUCUUAUAACAAUGCCUCAUUGUGACCAAUUAGAGAUUAUCAUUAUCAGUGCCACUUCCAUAUGUAGUUCCUCCAGCGAUAUCAAUGUAAAUUAGAAAAUGAAGGUCAGCCUUCGCUCAUACAGAACUACUUUGUGACACAACUCAUUUGAUCUGGGUAAUCGUGCUUAACCAGACCCCUGUCAUCUUUAGCAUACCUUCUGGACGUCCUUCCUUCGUGCCCCAUGUUCUCAGGCUGCUGAAUUUCUAAACUUGGAAAAUGUAUGUCUUCUCUGGAGUGAAUUUGGGUUCAUGUGGGGAUAUAGGAAGAUGUAGAUGUAGGAAGGAACAUUUCUUUCCUUAUGCGCAACAUAGGACAACUAGAUGAAUUUGGGUACCUUUCCAUCCUAAAAAAGGUGGCCUAGAAAACUAAAAUUUUACAAGUUUAAGUGGAUUUAUAAUGAAUGAUGGCCUCGUGUUUAACUGACUGUUGGUGUCUUUCCCCUAUUUGAGUGCUCAUCACAUGAACAUUGUACUAUUUAGAGUGAUCCUAGAUGGACAUACAUGUCUACUCUCAGUCAUGAACAUUGUACUGUUUAGUGUGAUCCUAGAUGGAUAUACAUGUCUACUCUCAAUCAUGAGUGGAGGUUAUAUACACAUCUUGGAAGAUCUGGGCCUCUUCAUUACAAGGAGUGAGUUGAUACACUCUGGGAGUGUGAAACCCUAUUUCUGCAUCCCAGAGUUUGAGAUAAAUAAUGGAGAUAGUGGCAAAGCACUACUUACGAGGAGGUCAUAGGCUCUGCUGGAAGGUCCAGGUAUUUAAAAUGCUUAAAGAUGGUCUUAAAACCAUAAAAUGACAGUUUGUUAUCCAAGCUUUCACAGUUCCCAAAAUGCCUAAUGGCUCUAGUGCUGAUAUUUCUCCUCUUCUUUCUUCAUCCUCUUCUCCAUUUAGCACCUUUCCUUUUUUCUCCACGUACCUGGAACAUCUCAGAUGUCUGACCAGAUAGAGCAGUAUGGGCAAAGCAUGAAUCAACUGAAGUUAAUGCACGUCACUCUAACCAUCUCCCUGGGGUUUGGCUACCUGUGCUGGUGGCUGGCUCUGUCACGGUGCGGCUGUGUAGCCCAGGGUUGGGCUGCCACAUAUAGAGGUGUCGGGGGCUAUGCUGGAGUCCCCACUAUUGCUUGGGAGCUGUACAUCAACUCAGCUUGGUUCUUCCCAGUGCCUGGGCUCCCAGCUCCUCUGCCAAGCAACCUGCUCUUGCUGCUGGCCAGUUCUUGGUAGGGAUACAAACAGGUUCAGCUUCCAGCUUUGUGCUGCCAGCCUUGAGACUGGCUCUGUGCUGCUCCGCUUCUAGGUCCUGAAAUAUUCUGUUGUGGGUGCUGCUUAACACUGGUCUAACCGGAGAAGUUGAAAUAUUGCUGCAAGAACUUUUUUGUGUCAGCCCUGACAUGCUUUCAGUGUAAUUGCUUUGCUACUGUUAAAUUCUCUUCCCUCCUUGGUAUGUUUCAUAGCAGUAAAACUGAAUAAUCAGAGUGUCAUUGAGAAUAAGCAAAGUAAUAAUAACUGGUUCUAUUUUCUCUGUUGUAACAGUAUUCAAAGUGACAUCUGUCAAGAUUAAACUAUGCUAAAAUAUAGGCAUAUGCUUUACACAAACUAUAUUUGCGUUGAUCUGAAAAAAUCUUAUAUUCACUCUUCUUCUUGAAGAUAUAAUUAGAGUCCAAAUUCCAUCCCAAAUUAAGAGAAAUUCUUGAGAAAUAUUCCAGUCGUGAAAGAAAAUUCUUUUAUUUUGAAAUUACCAGAACUAGAGAGGAAGCAAAGUUUGGGCUACUGAAGUGGAAGCAGUGUUCAGGAGAAUGAAAUGAAGUUAUAAGCUGUGGCCCAUUUUUAUCUUUCUAGGGGUAAUAAACUGUGAAAUUAUGUUGAUAUCCCUUUGAAUUCCCUGCAGAAAUACGUCAAAAAAAGUAAGGGGGAGCUGGUAAGCAAUUUUUAGAAGAAUAAACAGUGCUAGAGCUUGUAUGUGAUUUCAAUGUACUUGGAAACUAGAAAAUCAUCCCUCCCUCUGAAACACUUCCUGCCCCCUUCCCAUCCACCCCCACCUCCAUCAAUCAUUGUUGACUUAAACCCUUCAAGCAGCCCACAUUUGCAGGAAACAAAAGAAAAGAUAUCAUGGGGUCAUCCUACUCCGUCAGAUGUUAUUGUGCCUUAUCUGAAGGUUGAAAUUCUCAUCUGAUUUCGUAGGCUCAGAGAUACCAGAUGAGACAGCUGUAGAAGAAACUGAGAGACUUUGGCCACUGCUACUAUGAGGAUGAAAUUUUUGUUUGAUUGGGUUUUUUUUCACAAAUAUUCUGAAAGAUUAGCAAUCACUUUCUCAGAAAUGAUAGAAAAAAAUGUAUUUACCAUCAGUAUGCAAUAGGAUGUGAUGGCUAUAGUGUAAUAUUUUUUUUAACUCUCAUCCUAAGAAGAUGUUAAGUUGUCAUAGAGGAAAACACUUGGAAUUUCCACAACCCAUAGCUUGUGGGGUUGUUGCACUAGGACAGGAACUUAGCAACUAGGAAAGAACAGUAUUUAAAUUACCAGACAGAAGAUCUUACAAACAUAUACUGCGUGUGGCUAUUAUGCAAUGUUUUAAAUGUAAUCUCCAAAGCCUGGUGUGAAACUUCUUGCUGUCACACAGCAUUCCUCCAGGUGUUUUAGAGACCCUGGAACUCCAUUGCAAUUGUCUUUAAGACGUGUACUUUAAACUGGAGUAAAGCUUUCUAAAAUUCCCCAGUGUGACUGACAAGCUUGCUGGGAAUCUAUUUGUUUAAUUGAAAUUUCCCCAGGAUGCACACUGUGGGUUCUUUUUCAAAUAAUUAAUUUCCUUCUCUCCUGGGACACAGUCAUUAAAAAGAUGAGUGAGAUUUAGGAUGCUUCCUAAUAAUUCCAGACACCUUGGAUUAUUAUGUUAUUUUUAUUUAUAGCACAACUAAUAAAACAACUGGCUUGUUUUAAACCAAACGCAUGAAAAUAAUUACACUUGGAGGGCUUUUCUGAAAGCAAAAUGCAGCUGUCAGCCCAAAGAUUGAAAAUAAAAAAAAAAUGCUGUCAGUCCAGCAAAUUCCUAUAAAAUGGGUGGUGACAGUUUUGGAUAGUAACAAUAUCAAUGCUUUUUAAAGUGUCUUUCAUUAUAGAAAGGACAUUUACUGGUCAAUGCUAUCUGUGAUACUAUCUUGUGGUAUUUUUUUUAUUAUGUUAUUUUUCAAAAGUAGAAAGUACAGCUAUAUUUGCCUGUGGCAGAGAUACUGAGAAAGCUACAAGAAUGGCUGUAGUUUGGGAGGAUUUAAUUUCCUUCUACCUUGCAGUACUGAAAAAAAAGGUUAUUGAUUUACGCUUUUGUGUGAACAUUCUGAUAUUUUCUGCUGUACUGGGUGUCUGUUUUGGCAGAGGUGGGCUGCAGAGCUGGAGCCUGUGAUAAUGUGUCCUUUAGGGGGAUACAGAUCGUUCCAGCCAGCUCCAUAAUGAGUCCACGGCAGGACACAGCUGAACCCAUCAGCAACGAUGGUGGCACUUCAUUGAAAAUAUAUUUAAGAAAGGGCAAACAUCACUUGGCAGUGUGAAGAGAGUGGAAAAAAGUGUAAGAAACAGCCUCGUGAACACCAAGGCAAGAGAAGUGGAAGACACAGAGGUAUUCCAAACAUUGGAGCAGAGACUCAUCUGCAGUCUGUGGCGAGGCCAUGGUGAAGCAGGCAUCUCCCUGAAGCCAGUGGAAUUAGAAUUCACUACAGAAGCAGAUUUGUCGCAGAUAUAUCUGAAUUCAUUUCCAUCCUCUGUGGAUUCAAAAGACAUUGGAAGAAGUAGCUUUAACCUUAAUCUAAAAGUAUCUGAGACAUCACCACAAAAGUUCUUGCAAAUGAAGUAAUAGAAGCUUUUCUGGAAAGUCUUAAAAGUCAUAGUGUAUUAUUUGGGAGAAGACUCUUAAUUCUAAAUUCUCUCUUUUCCCAUGAGGUUUUUUAAGAGGAUUGAGCUGCACAGCACUUGUCUCACUACUAGAGUCAUCCAAAUAAGCUUCAUGUGACAUCUAUAGCAUGUCAAUUUUAUUUCCUGUGUACAAGAACUGCAAACUUAGUAUGCCAAAUAACAGGAUUUUGAGUCAUUCCCAGAGACUAAUCCACAAUAAUUUUAGGAUUACAAAGUUUCUUUCUUCCUAGCAUUUCAGAUGUGUAAAUAAGGGUUAGUACAAGACUGUUGGCAUCUUGCCAAGGACUAUUUAGCCAGCGCUGAGCCUUCAGUGGAAGUAGCUAAGUUCAGCUGUAUAAGUUCAGGUGAAUAAUUUCAUGGAGCGGUUAAUGAGUCUGAUGAUUCUUUCUCUUGUGUUCCUUGCUUGGGACAGUACAACAGCUCCGUUUCUGUGUCACUGGUUCUUGGAAAUGCCUUUACUGAUGGCUAGACUUCGGUUCUGAGGUGUGUGCCCUCUGGAGGGUAAGGCCCCACAAGCAGGGCAGGGUGUUGGUAGUUGCAGCAGGGCUUUGGGGUGCAGAGACCCAUGGGUGUGCUGCUGGGAAGAAUGUGGGGCUGCUUGGAGACUGUGACAGGAUGGUUUCAGUACGGUGCAAAGCAUGGUCUCUGCCACUAGUAGUGCAGAUGCCCUGGCUUUUGGUAACAGUGGGAAGGCUUCCGCUCUAGGUCUGCAGCUGCAGAACAGGCACAGUGCCCUGGCACUGCUGAGCAUGAACACCCAACAGGGGAUGCAUCAGAGCCAGCUGAGACUGCACCUUGUGCCUGCCACAGGAUAAGCCUGGCAGGAAGGACUGGAAUGUCUUCGCAAAUGAGCUUUCUAAAAUAGUGAGGGGUACGUUACACUUUCUGUGUGGGGUAAGUUUCCACAGUUUCAAGAGAAGUUAGAGCACGAGGUCAGAGCAGAGGUGUCCAGGAGGCAGCAUGACCUACAACAGAACAACUUACAGCGUAUUUCAGACAGCUGCAUACAAAUUCAGCUAGCUCUAGGCGUGAGGGGGGGGCAUUAGCAGUGGUUACACAGCUGCUGAGCUGUGACCCCAGUGGAAUGGCAGUGACACAGUGGGGACAGAUCUCACACCUACAGAGUACUUCAGGAAAGGCAGGGUGGGCAGUCAUGGAGGGGGGUGUGUACCUCUGCAAAGACACUUAAAAAUUCCCUCUUUUAUGCAUUUUCCUUUGUGAAGGCUCUUCCAGCCUCUUGACCCCAGACUCUAUUUCUUGAAUGUGAGGAAUGAAGUUCAUGUCUCCUCUAUGGCUUUGUAUGGAUUAUAGAGCUAUGGGUUUGCCGCCUCCCUCAAGACUGCUUACAUUGCAGAUUUUACUAAAUUUUAAUUACUUUGAAAAUGUUCUUGCUGCUUCUGAUCACUCUUGAAAAUGUGCGCAAGCAAGACUAUUAUCUACCAAAACAAAAGUCAGUCAGCCAGCCUUUGCUGCUCAUCUUUUGUUGGUCAAUCUGUUAUGACUGUCAUAAGUCGUCAGACUAUCACAAUAAAAGACCCGAGUUCAGGAUGUUGUUUUGUUUAGUCUCGGUGUGAAAUACUUCUACCCUCCAUUUAGUAGUGGACUAUAAUUAAAGCCGAGCAAAUAAAUUCUCAAAGAGGGGAAUAAUUUACACAGUAAUUUAAAAUUACUGGAAUAGGAUUUUCUAUUUGGUUUAUGGUUACUUAUUUCCUGGAAACCAGCAAACUAGGAAUGCAAAGGUUUCAUUUGCUUGUUCAAAUUACUUAAUGAUAAUUACUACUCUUAUGCAAGUUAAGUUAUGUAGGCUGCCAAAUAUUCACCCCAUUAGAGAAAGAAAACCUGAUAUUUGUUCCAAGAAAUGACAAUACCUAACCAUUAUUAUAUUUUUCAUUAGGUAUUCCUCUUCUGUCUGAUUUUCCACAGAGGUCUGUCAUUUUUCUCUUUCUCCUUUUUUUACAGCCCAGAGUUGUGAUAUUAAUUUUGUUUCAGUUCUCACUUGUUAUAGAUACUUCAGAAGGUCUGUCACCAUAUAUCCAACCCCCUGUGUCAACUGUCUCUUCAGCCAUCCCUUGUGCAUUUCAGCAUCACUCAGCAUGGUCAAAACCAAACCUUUUGAAACCAUACAAUUCAAGCCUGCCUUUAUCUCCCGAACCAUCAAUAACAGCAACAUGGGCCACUUGUCGUUCAAGGUUAUCCAUUCCACCUUAGUCAUCCUUAACCUUUCCUCAUCUUGAAUUAUAGCUACACCUUCUUAUUCCUGUGAAAUCCUUUCAGAGGCACUGCACUUUCCCUCACCGUAGACAGAGAACUUCCCACCCAUGUCUUUGUGUUUCUCUGUCUUAUCUUCUUUCACAUACACAUUUUUCUUUCACAUGGGAGAUGAAUGCCCAGUGAUUUUCCGUCUUUCUGACUGUGUCAUUGUUAGUAUUUUGAAUAAUUUCUUUAGCUCCCAUCUCAUUCUUUUCCUUUGACUUCUUCAUGGCUAUAUCUUUGUUUUUUCUCACUGACCUGCUUGCUACCUUUUGUCCUGUCUAGUACUCCACUAACAUGCUAUGGUGCCAAUGUAUGGUAUGUCAAUAUACAGAGAGUACACCUCUCUCUCCUUUUGCUCUUACUCAGUUUUCUAGGCUAGUACACAAGUUCCUAGAGUAUAAUGGCCACUGCUUUUUCCAUCUUUUAAGUAUACACAGAGGGGUAUCAUUCCCUUAGUCUACGGACCCUCUCUAAAAUGUCUGUUGAGUUAAUUUAGUCCAUGACUCUGUUUUCCAUCUGUCAUAACAGUGUUUCAGGGCAGGAGAGGUGGUGUGGAGUCCACUCAGCCAGCAAAAUAUGAGCUUCGGUGUGGUGCAGUAGACAGGUGACACUGGAAGCAGAAGGAGGAUCGUGUGUCAGGUUGAAUUGUCUUAUACUGCUUUUGGAGCUUUCAGCUCAUGUAACUGGUGUAGCCUCUGUCCGCCGUCUGUGGGUUGAAGAUGUUGAUCUCGAGGAAGUUGCUGGGUACUGGUUGUUGAAGCCAGUCCUGGUUCCCUGACACUGCACUUUUUGCUCAAUCAAAGUUAUUUUUUCAUUAAACUGGAUGAUUCUUACUGAAGUACCAUUAGUAUAACAUACAGCAGUUAGCACAAUACAAUAGUUAAUUGGCUAUUCUGAGCCAAAAUCAAACCUACUUGAGAUAUACAUUGUAUAUGUAUAUGUAUAUGUAUACAUUGGAUAUCCUUUUGUAUCACCCACCAAGUGCACCUAGGUCAUAAGCCAGGACAAUUCCAUGGAUGGCUUUGCCUUUGUCUCAGGUAGGAAUAGUCUAGACUAUCUUUCUCAGCAUAUGCUUUACAUGCACCACAUGGACUUUAUUCCCUUGAACUGUACAUAGAAGUUUUUAUAAGGCAGGGUCAGGUCAAUUUGUGGAUCCUCUACUGCUAACUAACUAGGUGACCUUUGCUAAAUGUUUAUCCCGAUGUUCGAAUGUCCAAGCACCCAUCACAUUCAGUGUAGCUUUUAACAGUCUACUGUAUUGUUAGAUUUUCCUAAAGGCUGGUGCAUGAUAGAGGAUAUGGUAUUUCCAAAGUGUAGUGCUCUUUGAUCCAGGCGUCUAUAAGGCAGUUUCAGAAAUGAGUCCCACUGUCUAACUCACUUCUUUUGAGGUGUCAUGUCACCACAGGACUUGCUUUCCAAGACAUGGGAUAGUGUCCUAGGUGGUGGCAUGGGACGUAAAAUAUUUUUCCAGCAAUUCAGUGGUUGCUUCCAUGAUUGUAAGCCCAUGGUGCUUGCCUUGGUGCGUUUGUGGGAGUGGGAUAUAAUCAGCUUGCCAGGCCUCCCCUUAUUUAUAUUUCAGCCAUUGUCUUCUGUGCCAGAGAGGCUUUAACCAUUUAGCUCUAAAUACUGAUCAGCUGAGGAAAGACUAGUAACAUGUUCCUAGCAUCAGACUAAUUACUUCUUGGUUGUAGAAGGCAGAGACCCAGUAAAACUUACCAAAUAUUUUUUUCUUGUAGCAAAGAAAAACCCUUGAUCAAAAUGUUCGCUGUUCACAAGACUGCAUCAGCAGCUCCUGCUUGGUAAUCCUGGUGACAGAGCACCCAUUAUAAGGGCAUUUUUAUCUCCUUGUGCAUGCAGAAAGCCAGUGGAAGCAGGAACAUCACUCUUCUUAAUAGCUGCUUUGUAGCAAAUUUGGAGGCAGUUGUGGCAUUUGGCACACCACAGUGCUAAUCCCCCACAACUUCAAGAAAAUAAGUUCAAAGGACAUUUUAUGGCAUCAGAUUGCUGGAGGAGAGAGAAGGAAGCACAGCAGCAAUGAUACUUUUCUGCUGCUAGCAUUGUGAGGUGGACAGAGAAAAGGAGAGCUAGGAAAAUUUGGAAACUUCAGCAAUACAGAUUUAAAAUGGCAAAACCAAAAAAUAUCAUUAACGAUACUCACAUGUUUUUUAAACAAACCUUACAUUACAGGUUUGCUCUUGAAAACUUAAAUCAUGGGUGAUGACCCAAAGAAGAAGCUUAAUGGCUGGAGAAAUUGUUUAUUUCCUCUGUCUGGUGUACCAAACUAUUUCAUAACCCCCAUUCUAUUGAGAGACAGAGCAGCUGUGCGUAUGGAAGUGGGACGUCAUGCACCACGUGCUUAUUCAUUGUGUGGGCAGUGAGCCAGAACAAGACUUCUAGAGGAUAUUAGCAAGUGUAGCUUCUUCCUUUCCUGAGUGUCUACUGGUAAGCUUCUUAAAAAUGGAUUAUUAGCAUGUUUCUGGAAAGACAGGUAUUUUUAAGUGUGUCAGAUUGCACAUUAAGAAAAAAAAUCUUGAAACUCUGAAAAUAAAAUGUUUGUUAGAGUGUCUCAAAGUUUUAUCAAAAAACUAGCGAACCUUUUUGGUGAAACUUGGCUUUUAUUCUGAGAUGGUGAGGGGAAUUCCUCAAUCACAGUGAUCAGUGGCUUAGCAAAUUCUAAUGGAUGACGCCGUUCAAAGUCCGGCUGCUAUAGGAGGUAUGAAAAAAACAAGAUUCUGUCUUCUUGCUUACAACUCUGACUGACAGUCUCUUGUUAAUAUUUGUCUCACUAAUUCCCCUUGAAAGUCAUGUAUGAGCUUGGAAAAGUCACUAGAUUGUUUCUGUGAAAUACAAAGAAUUUAAAUAUAUUUCCUUAAAGUACGAGGACCAGUAAAGUGUAUCAUUUUUAAGGUUUCUAAAUUUAGUAGUAAUAAAUGUAUGUUAGUAAUAGUAUUUUUAUUGUUAUGACAUGAUUGUUUAUAAACACAACAAUUUUUUUCUGUACUGUUAUUUUGAACGUGUUAGGCUGGUAAGCAAUUGCAAACAAUCAUUUCUAGCCAUAGGCUUACGCUUCUUUACAUUUCUUUACCUGACAAAGAACAUAUAUGUCAUCUUUUAUGUGAUUCACUUGGAUGAGGUGCUAUUUGUCCGAUGGAAAAUUUGUGAAACAUUAUAUAACCUCUCCCACACCCAAACAAUGAUUGUUCUAAAUCUAUGUUUGUAGACUUUAAGAAAUGUCACCUUUCUUGGUGUGGAAAGGAAUGAGUGAAGUGGAAACUGGAAUCCACUAGCUGACAUGUUCUGCUGCAAGACUGUGGUAUGGUAGUUGAAGUCUCUGACAGGAUGCUCACUUGACUGCUUUAGAUAUGUCAGUCUGAGCUUAUAUCCCUGAGCUCUCACUUAUGUCUUUCUAUGGGUGAAACUUGUUACCUUUGCCUGUUCACUCCUCUCCAGCUGCAUAAGUCAAGCGGUGCAGGCUUCCUGAAAUGUGGUGGAAAGAAAUGACUGAUUAGAGACACCAACUUCUGCAUAGCAAUUGUAUUGCCAUUACAUAGCAGCAUAUUAACUAAAAGGCUUAAAAAAGCAUCCUUAGCCAGGACACAUAGAGCCGCAUCUCUCCAGAAAAAGCACUGGGAGGGGAAAUUGCUCUCUGUCUCUUUUCAAUCAUAUACCACUGUGAUCUCACCCACAAAAUACAUAUGCAAUGGUCCCAGAUGGAAUAUUUCGUCCUCUUUCCCAUUCUCUCUCCUUUGACUUUGUCUCUUGCACAGCAGAAGCAUGCCUGAGGACACAGAGGAGCAAUUCCGCCUGAUACAUGCAGCUGUAGAUGGGACAGUAGAUGAGGUUGCUCGUAGACCCCUGUACUAGCAUCUCUCACCCAGACCCUUAGUGUAAAUUCUAGACCUGCUUAGACUGAACUAAGGGUGCACAGGGAAAUGAGUAACCAGAGAAAGAAACCCCUGUGCACUACAGGCACUUCUACUGACAGCAGCACCCACUUUGCUGUGACUUCAACAUGACACCUUGUGUCAGUGCAGAGCCACUGGAAAGCUGUCUUGAAUAGAAAGUAAAGCAUCUCCAGGGUUCUUCUUCUUGAUUUCAGUUCCCUUAGCAUUAUUUUAAUUACGGGAACUUGUUUUGCUAUUAGUUAGGUCAUCUUACUUUCUACCUUACUUAUUUAAAAAAAAAAAAAAUUACUACUUUUAUUUUCCUUUCUUUAUCAAAUGUGGGAGCAAACUGCUGUGAUACCAAUACUGUAUAGAAAAAGCAAGCCUGAGAUAUAGAACCCUAUGAAAUUUAUUCCAUGCAAACAAAAAAGGCAAAAAAGGACCUAUAGGUUUUGGAAAGUUUAAACAGUUGGCAGAAGAUAGUCUAUUGUGAAGAAAUUGGAAGGACCUUACAUCACCUUUUUUGCUGAACAACUUUUAUUUUCCCAGAAAUACUACCAUUACAAAGGAAAAUACCUCAUAAUUCUCAGGUGUCAGCCCUGAGACAAAUACAUGUGUCUUUGUGCAUCCAUGUGUGUGGCAGGUGUGGGGGAAGAUUUUGCUAUGCCUUUCACAGUGAAAGAAAGGAAGGCAGGUUGUUGCCAGUAUAAAACUAGCCUUUCAACCAAUAUUAAAUUUACAGACUUUCACAGGCUUGUACUGAGGCCCAGUGCGAUUAUUAUGUCCAGAUAAAUCUGCCUGGUAUGAGCCUGCUUGUACAAAUAGAAUGAAACUAAGUGGUCCCCAAAAGCAAAAGGUCUAUGAUGGACUUGCAACAGUGAAAAGGCUGUGACUAGAUGGAUGUGAACUUUAGUGUGGUAUACUAUGAUUUGCUUUGUAAGAUGUGCAGCAUCAACCCUGUCAGAGUUGCUCAGGGAGGAAAUAACAUCGGCUGUAUGACUGGCUGACAGAACCUUUUUGUAGUUAUAAUCAAGCAUCAGUUACUUUGUUAAAGAGUAAACAAGAUAAUCUGUGAACUAACAACUGCAACAUCAUUUCUUAUUUCACUGCUGGAGAGGUACAGCAGGGCUUAAACAUUUAGUGCUUGCUUUAAGCAGCGCUAGUGAAAGGUGAACCACAAGAGACUUUUCUGGGGUCAAUGGAACAAACACUGCUGCUCUUAUUUCUGUAGAGUUUAGACCCAUAUGACUUCACUGGAGCUUUCGCCCCCGCUAUUCACCAGCUGGUCACCAUCUCAAAUAUCAGGGUCAAAACAAUACCUCUACUGACCCCGGCGGUUUCUUUGUGGUUUGUUUUGAGAAGAACUCAGUUUCCACCAAGUCUGGCUUUUUCAAUCCACACACCGCUAAGAAUUUUCUAUGACCAUUUGGCACUCAGUGGUUGAGAACUGUUGCGGCGUUUCCCUCAACUGACUACAGUACUCAUGACCUGAAUGAGGAUGGCAAAACUCCCUGUGAGUCCUCACACAAUAACUGAGCAUUGCUGGUAGCAGGUUAAAAUGGCAGCUGACCUCUUAAUUUGGCUACUUAAACCCAUAGCACUGUUGUCUAUCAUCUGUUUCAGCCCGCUGAAAGUCCUUUUGGUGUAAUUCUUUAUGUUUGUUGAGGAUAACUUGAACCAUUUUGCUUUGACUGCACGGACAAAUGUUUUGGUAUGAUCAUCUGGCACUUUAACACAUUUUACUAAUACUGCUUUGGAAGUGUGAAACUCCUUUUCUGCUGCCAGUAAAUCUCGCUUUCUAUCAUUUGCUGCUUUCACUUUAUUUCUCUUUAAACUUUCUCCAGUUCUUACCUUCUGCUUUAUAUUCUUUACCAGAAACUUUCCUUUUCUUCCAAGUAGUGUACAUGUAUUACAUGUCCCACCAUCUACAGCUUUUCCUCUUCCUUUUGUUUGACUGGGUUUUUAAUUACUGUGCCCUGUGAGAGUGUAGCACUUAAAGAAGGGUGUUACAGGUAGGUCCUGGAGUGAAUGCUGCAACUGUACUGUAACUUUGUGUUACAAUGAAGGUUAAAGUGAGUGAAAUAAUGAUCUCUCCUUGUCUGAAUACCUGUGAAGGAAGCACGGGGAGAAAUGAAAGCAUUGAGAAGCAAAAUAUUAUACAUCAGCUGGAACGAUGGCACGAUUCCACUAAGCUUUCUGUAGCAAUGCAAUUUAUCCAAGCUGAGGGUGAGUCCUAGAUGUUUCAGUUUCUGAAGAGGGAACAGCGCACUCUUACAAGCGUGCAUAUUUGAGUAUGUAUUUUAUACCAUUAAGUAACACAGUAAAGUGUCUUCUUGAUGAAUGAAAAUCCCAGAGACAAGUUUGAAGGAAAUCGUCCAGUAAAAAAAAGUGGGCUUGUGAGACAGAUUCUUCAGAGUGACAGUAGUAACAAUAUUUUAAAUAUUUGCACUGUAAUUGCUGUCAUAUGCUUAGAUAAUAUUUAGUAAUUAAUAUCCUAUUUACCAUAUUUUAUUAUUUUAGAAAAUUCCUAGAGCAUUUUGCCUGUUAGAAAAGCAUUUAACAAACAAGUAUCUGGUCACUACCACUAGAAUGCCCAGUUUACCUACUUGUAACUUCUACCAGGCUAAUCUUUUUUGAGACUAAAAAUUUAAAACUGCAGAGAAAAAUGUGCUUGGAUUGCCUUGAGAGGCAGUACAGAUAUGCUCAAGAGUGCAUCCCUGUUUUCUCGAAAUAGAUUAAAGUUUUCUGAGCUAAACAUUUUAUCUGCUACAGAACCUGGGAGCACUGAAGGUAGAGGCAGUGAACCAUCCAGGUCAGUAACUUGAUUCCAAACCUGAGCACUAUCAUCUGCACCAGAAAUGUGUGAAAACCCAUCUGAAUGGACAAAUGCGUUAAAAAAGUUACAUUUCAUCAAAUCUGGUUUGAUUACGCGAAACGGAUGGCAGUUUGCCCCCCUUGUCAUGUUCAGAAUGACCGUUAGUAUUCUCACAGCGCAGAGAAAUGAAUGCCCUUGAAUGCUACAGAGAUUCUGACCUCAGUGAUGUUUCUUGGCAAUGUGUCUCACACGAUAAUUAUGUCUUCACAAAAUGCAUUUCCUUCCAUUAGUCUGAAAUGUAUUACCCAUCAGUUGCAUAGGCUGUUUGCUUUUCUUUUCUUUUUUUUUCUGUUUCUGGUGGAGAUGCUUGUAGUUCAGCCUCUUUUUCCUGACUGAUGCCUGCCCAUCCCAUCAAAGACCCUGUACAGGUCUCAUGAGCCUAGUGGGGAAAUGGGCACUAACAACCUGUUAAAUAUUUUAUGUGUGUUGACUCAUUGUAAAAUUGCAUUAUACUUUAAAGUUCCUUGUAUCUCACAUACAGAGUCUCUGCAUGUGGAGCUAAAAACAGCUGUACAGACUGACCCAAGAGAAGUUGCUAAUAAGCCCUCAAAAGACAGGAAAAUAAAUACUGGAAGAAAAUAUUUCACUAAAUCCGUAUGUCGUUACUAUCUCUGCUGAAAUAAAAUGCAAAACUACCUGAAAUGACAUUUGGCGAACAAGCACUUAGAAAUUUGAAAUAAUUCUAAGAGAUGUUUUUCAUUGAAAGAACAUGCAAUACUCAUUGUGCAAACAGUAUCGAAGUGGAUAGAGAGUUUUGUGAUAAGCAAGUUAUUCACUACAUUUCCUGGUAAACCUGUGCUAUCCACAGCAACUAUGCUACUGUUGGUGUACUUCAGAUUUCUUCAGUGUGAUUCUGUAAUUCUGCACUUCAUUUUUUUUUUUUAGGGUUGUUUGGGCAUAAAGGAACAACAUGUGUUUCCUUCUAUGUGCUUUUGGAGUGCUAAAGCCAGUAAAUAACUGUGCUUUUAAUUUGGCUAUAUUCUGCUUGUGAAGUAUAACUGAAUGAUUAAAUUGACCCAGAAUGGGGGCAGCAAUAUGUAGUUAAACUCUUUCACCCUGUUUGUUUGUUGCAGCAGUUUAGGAGUACUUUGGCUGCCAAUAGUAACAAUACUGACAUCAGGUUUUGCAGUCAUGUCUUUACCAUGUGCAGAAAAACACCAGGACAAAUAAACCUGAAUACAGACAAGGCCAUCAACAUUAAACUUUCUGGUGAUCCAGAAACUUCCUUUAGAUGUUAAUAUUUUACUCAUAACAAGUCCAGAGAAAUGACAUGAGCUAUUCCUGUUCUGGAGUCCAGAAAUGAGCAUAAUUUUCUUCUUUGUUCUGACUGCUGUUAGUUAAAUGGUGUCAAGCAAAUGAUGCCACAUGGGAGAACCUGGUAGAUAUUGCAAAAACUGAAAUGAUUUGUUAGUGUUGGAUCUGUAUAGACAAAUUUCUUUCUCUGGCUGUGUAGAUUACCACUAGCUUUAAUUAAUUCAUAUUUUACUCAAGGUUUAUUUUUCUCCCUGCCUGAUUCCAUUGUUAAAGUUCAGCUGUGCUGAUGGAAAACAAUUAAAAGUGUGCAAAAAUUUUAAGGCAAGGUACUCUUAAAUGUCUUUUACCAGCUAGUUAAUAAAUAUUUCAUUCAGAAUUUUUAUAUGGAAGCUCUAAUUUCUUGCUGAGAAGUUCUUGUGUAAAAUUUGGAGACUAAAGUCAUCAUUUAAAAUGUAACUGAUACAGAGCUAUGUGCAUUCUUCAUAGCAAUGUUUAUUGUAUAGUUACUCAUACCAUCUCCAAUACAUCAUUACUAGAAUAUCUAAAGCCCCUAAUUAAAAAUUUAAUUCCUGGAAUAGGUCAUAGAAUCAUAGGUUUGUAGAAAGGUUUCUUUUGGAAGGGACCUUAAACAUCAUCUAGUUCCAAUCCCCUGCCAUGGACAACCUUUCACUAGGUCAGGUUGUUCAAAGCCUCAUCCAGCUUGGCCUUGAACACCUCCAGGGAUGAGGCACUCACGACUUCGCUGGGAAACCCGUUCCAGUGCAUAACAACCCACAGUAUAACAUUUCUUCCUAAUAGCUGUUCUAAAUCUCCCCUCUUUCAGCUUCUUAACUUCUCAGUUUCUACACUCCAUGAUAAAGAGCGUCCCCACCACCACCACCUUUCCUGUAGGCCCCCUUAAAGAACUGGAAGUCUGCUAUAAGGUCUCCCUGGAGCCUUCUCUUCUCUAGGCUGAACAACCUUGACUUUCUCAGCCUGUCCUCAUAUGGGAGGUUCUCCAGACCCCUAAUCAUCUUCAUGGCUCUCCUCUGGACUUGCUUGGGCAGAUUGAUGUCCUUCCUGUGCUGAGGACUCCAGAACUGAAUGCAAUACUCCAGGUGAGGUCUCACGAGAGUGGAGUAGAGGGGGAAAGUCACUUCCCUCAGCUUGCUUGUCACACUUCUUUUGAUGCAGCCCAGGAUAUGGUUGGCUUUCUGGGCUGCAAGAACACAUUGUGAGUUCAUGUUGGGCUUCACAUCCAUAAACACCCCUAAGUCCUUCUCUCCAGGGCUACUUUCAGUUCAUUCUCCAAUAGAUCUGAUGCUAUACAUACAUGCAAUUUUCUCUAACAUUAUCACUAAUUCAGAUUCCUGAUUUUAUAUGAGAAAAGACAAUAAAUGCAGAAAAAGUAAUAAAGGAGUUUCUAAUAAAUGCAUGGAAAAUGAUCUUUAUCUUUGAUUGUAUUUACUUUAUAUUAGCUGAUAUGGGCUAUAGUCUGAUCUCUGAAAGAUCAUUGUAAACAGAAUUUGGGAGGACAUUUAUGCUGUAAUAAUUAUUUACAGCUGAGAUAUGUAUGCCUCAUAUUCUCUAAUCUCCAUCAUGAACAAACUGAAUGCAGUGAAUACACAGGUAUAUCUAGUAUUAAAAUAUAUAACAGUCCUAUAUGUAGAUAUUGGAUAAACAUUUUUAAAAGCCUCAUUCAUUAUGGCUAUUCUACAGUUUUCUAAAGUUUUCUCUAAAGGAUAAGUCUUGCAUUGUCUUAGAUCAUUGUGAAAUAUUGAAUAGUUAAUGUAUAGCAUUAUGAAAAAAAUCUGUUAUAAAUACAAUCAGUGUGCACAGAAACUCUGUAAAACAGUCAGUCAGACAACUGAUGUUUAUAGCUUGCUGUAUUUAAAAACCAUCACUUUUCAGGCUUAAAAUGUUGAUGAUUUAUUUAAAAACAACUUGCUUACUUCAAGAAAAAUGUUCUGCUUAUGACCAUCAUCACUUGAAAACAUUCAGUUGGAUGCUGACUACAAAACUCCAGAAUGACUUGGUUGUGUUAGGGUUGAUCAUGUCAUGCAGUCGUGUCAGAGGAUAAUUUUCUCACCUGCAACUCUGGCAGUCAUGCAUGACUUACUUAGGUGGAAGAAUUGCUAUGAGGAGUGUUUUCCUUGCUUGAAUUGUCCUACUUUUAUAGUGAAAGUGUAAGAUACAGCUCUAUUUGUAAACAACUGAAGCAAAAUAUCUGCAAUACAUCAUGUAAAGGUAUAAUCACUGUCAAAAUGACAAUGCAAUGUUAUAGGAAGUGACUGCUGUAAUUGACAGAGAUGGUGAUCAGGCUCUGAAACUGUUUUCUGAUUGCAUAUUCAUGAUUCCUUCUUAUAAUAUGCUACAGUUACUGUGUGAGUUAUUGUAAGCGGAUGUUUUAACAUGACUAGACUGACACCUUGUACUGCGAGAUUUGCAAGUCUAAUCUUUAAUACUGUUCCUUCCACUUUUUUCCAAAUAUCUAACCCUUGACAUGCAGACUUAAUUGUGGGACGCAUCGAAGAACACACGCAUGCAGGAGUACACCAAGCAGUUGCAUCUGUGUUGCCCCACUGGUGAUAGUGGUUUACUGGCAAAACGAUACCCCACUGUCUGCCACCAUACAGCCCACUCUACCAGCAGCCGUGAGCUGCUGGUGAAUGUUUAUUCAGCAGUAGCAGAGAAACACUCCCUGAUACAUG